AUUUUGUGACACUCGCGACGAAAAAGAUGGCCGCUAUUUUUGUCACUAGUGCAGUGUUUACCAAGACUUUUAGCCCAGUGAGACUUAAAACAUGGUAAGUUAUGGUAACAUGGUAAGUUGGUGUACUCUUAAGUACACCAACCGAGUUGUAAGUUUUCAACAAACUUUUUCUUAUUGCUGAAGGUGUCAGCUUUGUCACUUUGCACCACAUGUUUAAUUAUUGAGAUAAUAAUUGGCAAAUCUCGAAAGACUGAGUGGUGCCCACAAAAAGCGCGUCUGCACAUUUAAGUUAUCCGUGCAACUCAAUGAUCUUUACUUUGUAGUGGAUUAAUUGAAUAACAGAACACACUUUAUAUCGGUUUAGCAGCGAAGUAACCCACUCCAGAUGUUAGGAGAACACUCGCACGUUUGUACAUCACUCGCCUCCGGUACGCUUGUAAACCGGUGUAAAUCUAUAAUCGAUAUAUCUAUUGCUUUCAUGAAAUAAACUUAAAACAACAAAAAAAUAAAAUUCUAUGGGUCUACCAGUGUAUAAAACGGUGGGUUUUUGACCAAUCAGGGCACUCAUAGGAACUAAAUAUACAGCUGUUCUGUAGUGAAGGUUCAGGACCACGAAAGAUUUUCUCUGAUAUUUAAACUUGCUUUAUGAAAUUUUUCUUGGUCGGAUAGGACAAAACGUGGAACAGUUGUGAGAGUCAUUACUAGGUCUUUAUGUUCUGGUAAUGACUCAGACCAUUGGAAAAAUGUCCUUGACUAUUGGUUCAGCCCUGGAGCUGAAAAAAAGUGGUUUCACGGUGGAGCUCAAGUGGAUGAAGAAAUCAGACAAAAAUUUUCAUCUUUGGUAAGUGAAAACAAUGAUCAGAAACAACAAGAGGUGGCAAUUGGUUACAUUCCUGCAUGGAUGGGGGAAGAGCAUGGUUUUCAAAGAACUGGGCUCUGAAGGGACAUGUUUAAGGCUGUUUUAUUCUUUAUGGCUCUUUAAUUUUUCUUGGCAGUCCUAAUAUAUUCCAGUCUCUCUCCUCCCCCACCCUUUGAUCUCCCCUACCCAUUUACAACCACGCCCUUGGCUCUUGGAAAAGCUGAGAGAUCUGAGCAUACAUGUUUUGACAAUCACUUUAUUUAAAGUGACAUAUAAUGGUAGUUGUCUUGUUACAGGUUGGAAAAGCUGUGCAAGGAGAACUGAAAGAGUGGGAAACUGAGCCCAAGCCAUCACUGGCACUGAUCAUCCUCACUGACCAGUUUACUAGGAGUAUUUUCAGGGUAGGUUAAAUAACAAACUAUUCCACUUAAUUCAAUUAACAGCAGCACUUUAGGCGUUAGGGUUGUAAUGAGCAAUUAUUGGAUGAGGUUGAGCAUGAUAUCGUGAGUUAUGAAUGCCAAGGACUGAGUUAUCUGCAGAAGCCAAAGGCUGUAGCAGGUAACACAGACACAACCAAAUUCAACAACUGUUUUAUUAUACAUCUUCUGAACAAUCUGCAAAAGAAGGCACUUUUCUCUGAGUUUGCAAAAGUUUUAGAAGACUACACAGAUGAGGGGCUUGGAAACUAGACACACUCUGAACUUGACAUGAUAACCCAAUAUCUGUUGCAGAUAUUGCAGGUUUAUCUAUGGAGUUCACAUGCCGUUGUAUAUUGACUGAAAAUGCACUUGACCUAUCAGAAUUUUCAUUUGUAAGUCUAAUGUAUAAUAGUUGUUCUUGUCAUGCCUGAGGUGUUUCCAAGUUUUUUUUCAAGAGUUAAUUAGUGUAGUGAUUAGGAGAAGAAUCCCGAAAGAGACUCACCAGUUACUGCACCUAUAGAUUGAUUAUUUUUGCAAUUCUCUUUUUGAUGUAAACUAUCUAAUUCAGUUAAGGGGCUUUGACGGAAACCCUAAAAUAUUUCCCUCGUUGAUCGAGCUUUCAAAACAUACUUUUCAUAUACCAAAAUUGUUCAGGAGAUCAUGGCAAAGAUACAAACAAUAAUAGCUAUAACAUGUUUUUCUGUUCUUUUGAACAGAAUAGUGCCAAGGCUUUUUCAGGUGACACCCGAGCUAGGGAAAUUGCCAGGAAGGUGAGAGUCAUUCUGCUCAUGUCAUAGUCUUAGUUAACCUCAUUUGCUGUAAUUUCGAGAGUGUGUGAGGAAUCUAAAACAUGGCACUGACAUCAUUUCAUGGCAUAUGGCUUUUGAAUGUAAACUUUUAAUUUGUUUCCAUGAUUUUUUUCUUUAUUAAUACCAGACUGUUUCAGAAUGUGGACAGCUGGAAAAGGACAAGGACAAGGAAAGAGAGAGAGAGAGAGACUGUUAAUAAUUUUCAAUAACAAAAAACAUGAAAUAUAAACUAUGAGGUUGCAAUACCUUCAGAUCAACAGGGUGGUUUGAUGGGAAAGAUUUAACCUCAGAAUUCAUCAUAUCUGAUUACUUUGAUUUACAGUUUAUUGAUGGUAAAACUCACAACCACUUGGAAUUUCAUUUUGCUGAGAGAGGCUUCAUAUAUUUGCCAUUUGAACACAGUGAAAGCAAGGAAGAUCAGGUGAGUGGGUUCCCUGUCUAUUGCAGGUUUCCUAGUCCAAGAUCCUAUGUCAAUACAGAUUAUGAAGCAUAUUUUCACCUUUUUAUAAUGCCUGAUCAGGCACUCCAUGAUCAGGCAUAAACUAGGAAGUUUUACAAUUUCCAAUUUUUGUUGAUUAAUACAAGUCCUGUCUUGGCCUAAAAAACAUGGACUCUCAACAUGCCUUAGUUUUCUUUAGUCACUUUUAAAUCUGUUUUGUAAAACUUAUCUUGCUUGCCUAUAUUUAGUGUUCAGUUGGUUUUUCUUUUUUUUUCUUUUUUUUUUUUUGAGACCUGAGAGUAUAAACUUAAAAAUUACAUUGGGGACAUGCAGGCAUAAUUGUUGAAACACCCACUUAGGACUUAAAUCACAGGUUUCAUUUAUUUUUUAUUAACAGGAGUUAUCAGUGAGUUUAAUGUCUAAAUUAGCUGAAGACUUUAAAGGUACACAGCAUGAAGAAAUGGCUAAAGGUUACAUUGAAUUUGCUACAAGACACAAGGUAAUGCAUGUCUAUUGGCCUUGCCCUUAAUCAGGGGCUGUAGGAACCUGCUGUAUUAGCAAUUCAAUCUAACUCAACAACUCAGAGUUUCCCAACUCUCUGGAAAGACCCUGGGCCUGUUAUUUAUGAUGAAAUGGACUGCUUAAAGACAUAAGCAGCCUAAACACUUUAUCUAAAGGACUGGUUAUUGCCUGGAGGAAGGAGGUGAUUGGGGAUUUUGGUUGUGUCACAACCAAAGUUACCUGAUUCCCUCCUUCUUGUGACCCUCCCCCCUCCCUUGCUGGCAGUCAAUUUUCUGUAGUACCCAUCUCUAUACUCUGUAGCAAUGAUUUAUCCCCCCUACCUUUUACCUGAAAACCAUGCAAGUUCCCCAAAUUCCUGCAAACCCUCCCACUCCCUCCUAGGUGAUAAACAAUUACUUGUCCCAAAUGAUACAAUUUUAAGUGCAGUGUAACCAUUGUAUUUAUCCCCAAAUGUGUCUUAGCUAAGGCAUUAAAAAAUAACCUGUGCUAAGCUCAUAAGUGAAAGAGUGGGUAAACACAAAAUGGAAGGGAUCAGGUGGCUGUUUCCUUGACAAACAAGUGCCAUUUGUUGCUCAUCUGCUUCUUUGCUUAAAAUAUCCUGACUGGGGGCCUGGAACAGGCUAAUCAGACAAACAUAGAUUGAAGCUUUCCUCAGGAAGAAGAGGAUUUUGUAUGAACACAGAGCCAGAAAAAAAAGAUCACUCUUUAAAUAUACACUUUAAAUCAAACACUGAUAUGUGCUACAUGGUUGUUUUAUAAAGUUGUGCUUUAACAAACAGGACACUUAUUAUUAGUUGAAAUAAGUCACAAUAGUUCACUCAAUGUACACGUAAUAUAUUUUUUUAAUAACAGGAAGUUAUUGACAAGUUUGGGAGGUAUCCCCAGAGGAACAGAUCUUUGGGAAGAGAGAACACACCAGCAGAAGAAGAAUUUCUGAACAACAUUCCAGAUCGCUACAAGUGGUGA